GACUCUGGGACUUGUGGGACUGUGGCCGUUUUCGCAAUUUGGGCUGGACGAAAAAGACGGUCCUGCUUUCCCGGUCGCCGCUGUCGGGAAGGGCUGCAGGGUGUCCGCGAGACCCGCGGCCCGGCGAGCUGACCCCGCCUCGCCUUUCCUGCCUAGCCCUCAUUCCACGGAGCCGGUCGCGCCCGGUCCUUGCGCGACGCUCCCCGGCCCCGGCCGCCUGGUCUGGCGCUGGAGGCCGGAGUCCCGCGGCCUGUGCUGGGUCCGCGCACACCCAGCGGCGGCGGAUGGGCGGCCGGGGCGGCCGGGCCUGAGCGCGGCCCGGGCUGUCAGGUGGAGAAGCCGAGGCCUGGAGAGGGGCACCUGGCAAGUUGUUGACUGGGGGCCUGGGCUCUGGAGACAGACAGCCUGGAUUGCUGGCCUGGCAAGUGGCUGCCCCUCUGAGCUCCACGUUCACAAUGCGGAUAACAUAAGUACCUCCCUCCCAGGGUUGGAGGCCAGGGCUCAGAGGGCUGGCUGCUGGUGGGAUGGACACCCUGGAGGAGGCGACUUGGGCCAAUGGGAGCACAGCGCUACCCCCACCCCUGGCACCAAACAUCAGUGUGCCUCAUCGCUGCCUGCUGCUGCUCUACGAAGACAUUGGCACCUCCAGGGUCCGGUACUGGGACCUCUUGCUGCUCAUCCCCAAUGUGCUCUUCCUCAUCUUCCUGCUCUGGAAGCUUCCAUCUGCUCGGGCGAAGAUCCGCAUCACCUCCAGCCCCAUUUUUAUCACCUUCUACAUCCUGGUGUUUGUGGUGGCGCUGGUGGGCAUUGCCCGGGCCGUGGUAUCCAUGACGGUGAGCACCUCGAACGCUGCAACUGUUGCUGAUAAGAUCCUGUGGGAGAUCACCCGCUUCUUCCUGCUGGCCAUCGAGCUGAGUGUGAUCAUCCUGGGCCUGGCCUUUGGCCACCUGGAGAGUAAGUCCAGCAUCAAGCGGGUGCUGGCCAUCACCACAGUGCUGUCCCUGGCCUACUCUGUCACCCAGGGGACCCUGGAGAUCCUGUACCCUGAUGCCCAUCUCUCAGCUGAGGACUUUAAUAUCUAUGGCCAUGGGGGCCGCCAGUUCUGGCUGGUCAGCUCCUGCUUCUUCUUCCUGGUCUACUCUCUGGUGGUCGUCCUUCCCAAGACCCCGCUGAAGGAGCGCAUCUCCCUGCCUUCUCGGAGGAGCUUCUACGUGUAUGCGGGCAUCCUGGCACUGCUCAACCUACUGCAGGGGCUGGGGAGUGUGCUGCUGUGCUUCGACAUCAUCGAGGGGCUCUGCUGUGUAGAUGCCACAACCUUCCUGUACUUCAGCUUCUUCGCUCCGCUCAUCUACGUGGCUUUCCUCCGGGGCUUCUUCGGCUCGGAGCCCAAGAUCCUCUUCUCCUACAAAUGCCAAGUGGACGAGACAGAGGAGCCAGAUGUACACCUACCCCAGCCCUAUGCUGUGGCCCGGCGGGAGGGCCUGGAGGCUGCAGGGGCUGCUGGGGCCUCAGCUGCCAGCUACUCGAGCACGCAGUUCGACUCUGCCGGCGGGGUGGCCUACCUGGAUGACAUCGCUUCCAUGCCCUGCCACACUGGCAGCAUCAACAGCACAGACAGCGAGCGCUGGAAGGCCAUCAAUGCCUGAGAGCGGCUGCCAGGGCCUGUGGAGGACAGGCCAGAGAGGAGGCUGGCGGGCCCAGAGUCCCCGGGGGAGGAGGACCAGGUCAAGGGACCUUCUGUGGGCGGUAGCCCUGUGUGGCCCUGUUCCCACCAUGAGUCUGGAGGCCCCGCCUCCCUGGGGCUCCCAAUCCCUUUUGCCAUCUCUGCUCUCACUGGGGACCCUCCUCCCCUUCCCACCUGCUCUCAUACUGCUCAGUGACAUGGCCCAGGCUUUCCUUCCAGGGCCAUGCUUGGCAAGGUUGGCUGAGGGCACCCUCCUUCUCUGCACCCUUGGCACGGGGGCAGGGCUGGCUCUCCCAAUGCCUCCAUCCCAUCCCCAUGGUGCUUUGGCCUCCUCAAAGCAUCCACCAUGGUGGAUGGACUGAAGUGUGUAUAUUUUCUUGAUCUAUUUUUUAAUAAAAAGGAAAAGGAGCAGAA